CCUUCGCCCUCAGCGGCUGGCAUCGCCCUCCCGCUCCCUCCUUCCCCGGGGCAGGCCCAGGGCCCCGGGCUGGGAGGCGGGCACGGCGGAGCCGGAGGCGGUACCUUAAAGCGGGGGCGCGGCGGCGGCCAGGCCGGCAGAGCCGGGCCGCUACCCUGGACAGCGCCAUGGAGCAUCUGAAAGCUUUUGACCAGGAAGUAAAUGAGUUUGUGGACUAUAUGUUUGGACCUCGGGAUUCCAGGGUUAGAGGAUGGCUACUUUUGGAUUCUUACCUUCCUACAUUUUUCCUUACUUGUGCAUACUUACUGUGCAUAUGGCUAGGCAACAAGUUCAUGAAGAACAGGCCUCCGUUCUCCCUCAGGGCUCACCUCAUUGUAUAUAACCUUGGGAUUACACUGCUCUCCAUGUACAUGCUCAUAGAGCUCAUCCUUGCCACAUGGGAAGGAGGCUACAACUUGCAGUGCCAGAACCUCCACAGUGCAGGGCAGGCCGACAUCCGGGUAGCCAAGGUGCUGUGGUGGUAUUAUUUUUCCAAAGUAAUUGAAUUCAUGGACACUAUCUUCUUCGUACUGAGGAAGAAAAGUAGCCAGAUCACCUUCCUCCAUGUUUAUCACCAUGCCACCAUGUUUAAUAUCUGGUGGUGUGUCCUGAACUGGAUACCCUGCGGGCAAAGUUUCUUUGGACCCACUUUGAAUAGCUUUAUCCACGUGCUCAUGUAUUCUUAUUAUGGACUGUCAGUCAUCCCUUCUAUGCGCAAGUAUUUGUGGUGGAAGAAAUACCUCACUCAGGCACAAUUGAUCCAGUUUCUGCUCACUAUUGUGCACACACUCAGUGCGGCUGUGAAGCCAUGUGGAUUUCCAUUUGGCUGCCUCAUGUUCCAGUCUUCCUACAUGGCCACACUGGUCAUUCUCUUUGUAAACUUUUACAUUAAGACAUACCGGAAAGCACCUUCAAGAACAGCUGUAAAGGAGACCCCUGUCACAACAGAAGUAAAGAAUGGUUUCCAUAAGGACUACUUCACUGCUGCCAAUGGAUUCCUGAAUAAGAAAGCACAAUAAGUAUAGUAUUUCCCAUGAUUUUUUUUUCUAAAAAGAAUAAGACUGAAGUACAGGCUUUAGCUGAAAACCUAUUUGGUUACAUUUAUCAGUUCUUUGUACCAGACACUUCUUAAUGUACUGCUAUUUAAGUUUUAACAAAACAAGUAGAUUUAUUUGUCCUGUCAAAGAUCACCACCAGAACAACAAGGCCAACAUCCUUCUCACACAAAACAGAAAAUCUUUCUGAUUAGUAAUGCUGACACAAAAACGCCUUAUAAAAUGGUUGAUGGAUAAAUCCUUCAAAGCCUUCAAAAGGUUAGGACUCUCUUCAGACUUAACACCCUGAGCGCUUUCUAUGCAUGUGAGAUGUCUCGAGACAAGUCUUCAUAGUGCAUCCAGCACAUUCAGCUAAACUGUGGUUAAGGUCAGAAGAAGAGAGAUGAGAACAAUACUGUUUCCAUUACCAUACCCCUCUCCGCCACUUCCCGGCCAUUCUCCCCAAGCAUGUUUCCUCCCAUAGACACCAGUGAGGUCUCUGUUCCUGCAGGAGCUCUGAGGAAGGAUGUAGCAGAAGGCAAAGACCAGGUGCACAAUCCCAGGGUUUGUAGACAAACAGGUACCAUGCUUGCUUGCUUUAUGUAUGGGCAAACUGGCUCAAAUAACACAAAGGUUGGCAGGAGUUUGCUGCAUCAGGGGGCUGGGACAGGUAGCACCUGGAGGCUGUCUGAUAUGGAAUUUAGAAUACAUGACAUUGCACAGUGAUGUGGAGUUUUGAGCUCCAGUCAGAGCAAAGCAAGUUUCUUUGGAUGUCCUAAAUUAAAAGAGAUGUAACUAAAUGGAUUUUGGAAGAAACAGGAGCUCAGCGACUUAAUGAACAUAAAUCCUUUGAGUGUAAAUGUGCAAAAAGUUAACCCUAUACAAACACUGUUAGUCUAAAGGAAACUGGCAUACCAAAUAUUAAUAGACAGGAAGAUGAUGAAAGUCUUAAAAGUGAACAUCACAACAAGCCAAGUACAUCAUACAGGGAUUUCUGCACUAGGUGGGCCUUAUUCAGACUGCUGUCUGACAGGAGAGACUGGGACUAGGGCACAGUCUUCUAUAGGGAAAGCAGAAAGAUAUUUCCUGCCUGUAGUUGUAAUGGUGCGUCUCACACAAAAGUCAGUCAUUAUCUCUGCAGCUUCAGUUAGCUUUUGCUUCCCACUUACAAGUAGAAAUUAAGAAUCCCCAUGGUUAGCUUUGGGAAUCUGCUACAUUCCCUUUUCUCACUUAGACCAUUUCAAAGUCUCUGCUAAAAGCAAACACAGCCUUUUUCCUCUCCCUUUUUCAUCAUGAAGUAGUUUUGGACUCUUCCAGUCUUGCAUUCUCUCAAUGAAACCACCUUUGGAGUCACCCCAACCCAGCAAGCCUGAGAGACCAACGCAGCUCUGUAAAGGGACCAUGUCCUUUCCCUCCCCUUGCCCUGCAGGGUCCCACAGAGGAAGAAGAACCGCAUGCACACAGCCAGCAGAGGUCAAGCAGCAGCAGGGGACCUCUGAGGAGAGAAAGCUGCCCCAGAUCCAGCUCCUCUAAUCCUUCUCCACCUCCCAAGUUAGUUUUUUCCUUCUCAAGCUGAUCUUUCAUCAGCGGCUCUUGGAGACAGCAGGCACAAAGGCAGGGAGAUUUGUCCUGGGACAAGAGGCAGGGUAGCCAGCCUUGCUGGGAACACCCUGAGAGGCUGCAAAGAGAGUGAGUAGAGGGAGAGAGGAAAAGGUACAGGAUGGUUACAGGGGUAAGAAGAGAAGUUUCUGGACUGCAAAAGCAAGAGGAGGAAGUGGCACAGAGAAAAGUGGUGCAGGUCAGAGUGCAAUUUGAAUUUGUGCUUGAAAGUCCCAUUGGAUGACCCAUCUCAAGCCAGUUGUAGUUCCUACUCCAUAACAGCAUGAACAAAACCCUUCAUCACCAGCAGAAAACUGAAGCCCUUACUAUGCUGCAGCAUGGGCAGUACGCUUGAGCUACCUGGCCAUUAAACUACAUCAUUGUGAACUGGAUAACCAAAAUUACUGCAAUACCCAAACGCUUUUACACCACCACAGACAUACAUCUAGCUGCUGCAUAGUCACAUUUGCUCUCUCUUCAUUCAGCUGACCACAGCGAAGGUCAGCGUUUCACUUUAUCUAACAUUUGAUAAGGAGGGAAGGCAGCAACCAAAAAAAUAGACACAAAGCCCAGACUCGGUGUAUACACUAGUUCUCACUAGCCCUUCCAGAGAUAUUGCAGAUCUUUCUGGUCAAUACAGUAAAACUCACAAGCUGUAAGAAAUUACUGGGUUUGACCGAGGGUGUUGUACAUAGCACCAAGUCAAGGGAGAGCUUCAGAGCUCUGCAGAUGUCAGCUUGAUCCAAGAAACACCUCCAGAAGGGAUAAAUGUAGAGGGAAUCAGAAGAAGCAACAAGAUAGUAUGCAAGGCAACCAGCUGAACCAUUUGGCUGAGGCAGACAACAAAAUGGUUGUGUGUCCAAGCAUGGAUUUUAGGCUGAGUGGAGUCCCUAACUUUUUGAUGGCAAAGCAUGUGUUUGACUACCAGCGCAGACCAUGUCAGCACGCUAAGUGUUAAAGUUUACUAUGGCAACCAAACCCACAGAUAUUGAUUGUGUUUUGUUGAAACCUCAAUAAAAAUAAAUAAAUGCCUUACUUGAAGCUCAAAGGGCUGGGAAAAAAAAGAAAAAAAAAAGAAAAAAAAAAAAGAAAAAAACAAGAUGGUCUCACCUUUCAGAUCCAGACCAGGUAGGCAGGCUAGAAUCAAAUCAGGUAUGGUUUAAAUUCUUCAGAUCUGUCUUAACAUCUUCAAAAUGCUGCAACUCUGAAGAAAAAGAAGCAUUGACUUUUUAAACUGAUUUUCCUGUAAUACAUAACACUGUAAAUAAACAGAUUUUACUAUUG